GUUACUCACUUGUACUUGUCAAAACUUUGAUGAUCUAAAACCCCAUAUGGGAAACCAUCUUCUUGGCUUUCUUCUUCUUUUCCUAACAACAUCAUUGGUUGCAUUUGCGCAGGCUUCUAAUUCUAGUAGCAAUAGAAACAUCACUUUUGGGUCGUCCAUUGUUGCAUCAGUUAAUUCUCUAGCAUGGCAAUCACCUUCUGGUGACUUUGCCUUUGGCUUUCGCCAAAUAGAAGGUCAAAAACUUUACUUGCUCGCUAUCUGGUUCAACAAAAUACCAAACAAAACAUUGGUUUGGUAUGCAAAUGGAGAUAAGCUAGCCCCAGAAGGAUCUAAACUUGAGCUUAAAACAGAUGGUGAACUCAUUCUUGAGAAUCCAGAUGGUAAAGUCCUCUGGAGACCAAGUCUUAUUAGCGUUUCUUAUGCUUCGUUGUUGGAUACAGGGAAUUUCAUCCUUGCUAGCAGCGAUUCUAGUCUUGUGUGGCAAAGUUUUGACCACCCUUGUGAUACAAUCUUGCCUACACAAAUAGUUGAAACUAAAAAGUCAUUGUCUUCUAGGACAGCAGAGAAUAACUUCUCGAGGGGGCAUUUUGAGCUUCGUUUGAUACCCGAUGGCAAUCUUGUGCUCAACACCUUUGCAUUGCCAACAGGAAAUGCAUACGAGGCAUACUUUUGGAGUGACACGGUUGAUACAAAAUAUCCUAAUGUGACAGGAAACAGGCUAAUCUUUAAUGAGUCUGGUUACCUUUAUAUUAUUAUGACCAGCAGUAGGAUUGUGAAUAUAACUUCUGGAAAUAUUGUUCCAGCAAGAGACUACUAUUACAGGCUUAUUCUUGAAUAUGAUGGUGUGUUAACCCAAUAUGCUCAUCCCAGGGCGCCAAGAAACGGAAAGUGGGAGGGGAGCUGGUUCAGAGUUUGGUCUAAACCAGAUGAUAUCUGCUCGGCCAUUCAGGGUCAAUUUGGUAUAGGAACUUGUGGUUUCAAUAGCUAUUGCAUGCUUAACUCAAAUGGAAGGCCAAAUUGUAACUGUCUUCCCGGAUUUAACCUUUCUGAUCCAAGCAAUGAGUUCAGGGGUUGUGAACGCGAUCCAAUCCAAAGAUGCAAUUUGGAUGAUACUAAUCCGGAAGAUCUGUAUGAUAUGUAUCCUUUAGAUAACAUAUUUUGGCCUAAUUCUGCAAACUAUGAGAUAAUGGACUCCCUUAAUCAAGAUGAAUGCCAGAAGUCUUGUUUGUAUGACUGUAAUUGUGUGGUUGCAGUAGAAAAAAAGGGAACCUGUUAUAAAAAGAAGAUGCCAGUUUCUAAUGGAAGGAGGGAAGAGGUUGACGGCAAGGGUUUUGUUAAAGUGUUGAUAUCUAGUAUCCCCUCCGGUGAUUUCCCAUAUUCGCCAUCACAAAGGGGAAAUGGGAAGAAAGAUAAGUCAGCAUUUUCCAUCUUGGGAUCAGUUCUCCUUGGCACCUCUGCCUUUUUUAACUUUGCUCUUUUGGCAUCCCUCUUUGCGUUAUAUGUUUACCGUAGAAGACCACGAUGUGUUGGUUCAUCAAGCAUCCCGGAGACAAAUUUGAGAAACUUCACUUUCCAAGAGCUUAAGGUAGCAACAAAUGGUUUCAAGCUAGAACUUGGGAGGGGUGCUUUCGGCACAGUUUAUAAAGGAGAGUUGCCAUCUUCUAAUUCAAGAACAGUUGUAGCAGUCAAGAAACUAGACAAGCUAGCAAAUGAUGGUGAGAACGAAUUCAAAACAGAAGCCAGUGUAAUAGCCAGGACUCAUCACAAGAAUUUGGUGAGAUUGGUUGGAUUCUGUGAUGAAGGACCAGAAAAUAAGCUUUUGGUUUACGAGUUUAUGAGCCAUAGCUCCUUGGCAGACUUCCUUUUCGGUCAGUCAAGGCAAGAAUGGAACAAAAGAAUCAGAAUUGCAUAUGGGGUUGCAAGAGGAAUCUUGUAUUUGCACGAGGAGUGCAGCACACAGAUCAUCCAUUGCGAUAUAAAGCCUCAAAACAUCCUGCUGGAUGAUUCAUUUGAAGCAAGGAUCUCUGAUUUCGGAUUGGCAAAACUUUUGAUGAAGGAUCAAACUCGGACACUAACGGGGAUUAGAGGGACCAGAGGCUAUGUUGCACCAGAAUGGUUCAGGAACACAGCUGUGACUGCCAAAGUGGAUGUUUAUAGCUAUGGCAUUGUUUUGCUAGAAACCAUUUGUUGCAGGAGGUGUAUGGACAUCGCUAUGGAGAAUGAAGAGGAAAUACUACUGAUCGAGUGGGUGUAUGAUUGUAUCCACUCGAGAAUGCUGCAUAAGCUAGUACAAGACGAUGAAGAGGAAGUAAGCGACAUGAAGCAGCUAGAGAAGCUUGUAAAAGUAGCGAUUUGGUGCAUUCAAGAGGAUCCAAAUAUCAGGCCCUCCAUGAGAGGGGUAGUACAUAUGUUGGAAGGGGUUGUUGAAAUUCCCAUGCCUCCAUUUCCUAAUUGAACUUAUGACUAAUUGUAAGAGCACUCCCUUAUAAGUACUAUUCUUGUAGCUUCAAUGUGCUUCAUGUUGUUUCAUUAACUAAAAUAACCAAUAAAUUGUCAUA